AUGUCUACGGAGCCUUUAAUAGACGAAGAGUACGCUUCCGAAGACGACUCGGAUUUUGCGCCCGAUGAAACAGCAGCCGGAGCCGAUGGAAUAGGGGCUUCAGACUCAGAGGAUGAGGGCGAACCCUCGGCCGUGGCAACUGCCAAGCGGAAACGCGCCAACGAACCCGCCGGGGACGAAGGAUAUGAGAACUCCGGAGACGAGGCGAUAAUAUCGAAAGGCAAGAGGCGACAAAAGAAAAAACACAAGGGCAAGGAUGGAGAUGGUGUCGGUGAAGAUGACGAGGGUGGCGAGGGAGGUCUCGUCAAGACGAGGAGUAUGCGCGCGAACGAGAAGGCAGAGCGCAAAGCCGCUGCUGUGGCCGGGCCUGUCACUGUCGACGUGGACGAUCUGUGGACAAAGAUGAUGGCUGGUCCAAUCGUACCUUCGAAGGCGACCGCAGAGACGAAAACCGCGCCCCAGACAACCGAGGUGGGAGAUGCCGGACGGGAGACUGAGGACGUACUGUCAGAUCAGGUCCCCGAGAAAGAAGCCCCAGGCAUGAUCAAAAUCAAGCGUACGUACAACUUCGCUGGCAAGGUGCACACCGAGGAAAAGUUGGUGUCGCGCGACUCAGCAGAGGCCAAAGUGUACCUUGCCUCGCUCGGAGACAAAGCAGAAGAUGCCCUUGAGACUGAGGAAGAACCUGCAAAGCGACAACCACGUAAAGCGUUUCGCUCAAUAUUCGAGCCAGUUUCAGAAGGAUUGACUCAGCGUACGGACCUGAAUUUGGGCGUAACCGUCCGUCUGCAGAUGCGCGAGCAAGCCAAGGCAAAGAAGUUGAACGUCGUGGAGAAGAGUCGCAUGGACUGGGCCGGCUUUGUUGACAAGGAGGGCAUCCAAGAUGAGCUUAAGCUGGCCGGAAAGUCGAAACAGUCUUUCGCUUCGAGGCAGGAUUUCUUGGCCAGGGUGGAAGCCAAGCGAGACGACGAUGCGCGAAGGGCCAGAAUGGCUGGUCGCGCAUAG